AUGGCUUCCGUCGGCUCCCCGCCCGCCCCCGAACUCCUAAAGGCAGUUCGUAACGAGCACAACAAGCCCUCCGUGUUCCGGCACCUCCUCAUCAUCCGCCUACUCAACGCUUGGUGGGUCCUCACCUUUUUCCAGCCCGAUGAAUAUUUUCAGGCUCUCGAGCCCGCUUGGCGUAUGGCCUUUGGAGAGGGGAGCAGUGCAUGGAUUACAUGGGAAUGGAGAUAUCAACUCCGCUCCUCUUUGCAUCCUGCUCUCUUCGCUGGUGUGUACGCCCUCGCGGACAUUGUGGCCCGGCCUCUCCCCGCUGCUGCUCAAUCAUGGCUUCUCCUCCUGGCUCCAAAGGCCAUCCAGGCGUUCUUCGCUGCGGCCGGUGACUGGUAUACAUGGCAGCUCGCCGUCAAGAUCUACGGCGCGGACAGUUCCAUCUCGUGGUUCGCUCUUUUCAUGAGCAUGUUCAGCCCCUUUCAAUGGUACUGCUCAACACGAACCUUCUCCAACUCAUUGGAGACCACACUCACCAUCAUGGCCCUCAACUACUGGCCAUGGGAGCUCCUCGGUGAGAGCAAGGCUGUAAAAGAGAACCCCAAAGCAGCCCAGUCCAUCUUAAAAACCCCCGGAACUCUCAAUAGCCUUCGCCUAUCGCUUGUACUUGCCGCCACCGCGGUCCUCCUCCGCCCGACAAAUAUCCUAAUUUGGGCUACGGUCGCAGCUGUGACUCUCGGUCGGUCCUUCUUUGCCCGUUCAGUUCUCACGUCCGGCACCAUCUUCAUUCUAAUCCGCGAGGCUUUCCUUUGCGGCGCGCUUGCCCUCUCUCUCUCCCUCGCCUCCGACCGCCUCUAUUUUGGCGAAUGGACCUUUCCGCCCUACAAAUGGCUCUACUUCAACAUUUCCCAGUCUCUGGCAGUGUUCUAUGGCCAUAAUGACUGGCACUACUACCUCUCUCAAGGGCUGCCUCUGCUAUCAAUGGCUUACCUUCCCUUCGUCCUCAUGUCCCUCUACAAGCCCCCCUCGACACCUUCAAAAGUCCGCUCCUUGACUAUCAAAACCUUGUCAGCGAUAGUCUAUGUGACGAUAGCAUCCCUCUCCAUCAUUUCCCACAAAGAAGUCCGCUUCAUCUACCCUCUUCUUCCUGUUCUCCAUAUCCUCGCCGCGGCGCCCUUGGCCUCCUUCUUGACAACCAUGCCCCCGCAGAGCUCCAAAACCCCUCUCCCGAGGCCCCGUCUCCGUCACAAGAAGCUUUUAACUACUGCCUUGUGCUUCCAUGCCCUCGUGUCCUUCUUCCUGACCCUCCUUCACCAACCCGCGCCCCUGACAGUCCUAUCCUACCUCAGAAACAGCUACGCUCGCCUCCACCCAGACUCUUCGCCUUCGGCCCCGGCAUCGACAAACUCCUCAUCUGAAGAGCUCUUUGCCCUCUUUCUGACUCCUUGCCAUACGACUCCCUGGCGCUCGCACCUUCACUACCCUUCCCUCCGCGCCCGCGCGCUAACGUGCGAGCCCCCACUGCACACCGCACCAGACACCCCAGAACGGCUCAACUACCGCGAUGAGGCGGACCGCUUCUUCGACGACCCCCAGCUCUUCAUGUCCACCGAACUGUGGCCGUCGACAGAAACAGCGGCAGCUUCGCCGGGGAAGACCGCAGGCGAAGAGAUCCCCCGCUACCUCGUCGGCUUCGAAGGCAUCGAGCCCUGGCUCCAGGAAUUCUUCGACGGCCCCGCCGGCAAGGCGUUCGGCGUCCGGCCCACCCGCGUCCGGCAGCUGUGGAACGGCUUCUUCAAUGAGGAUUCGCGCCGGCGCGGCAAGCUUGUCGUCUGGGAUACAGGGCUGUAUACCACCAAGUCUUAG